AUGGGGUCAUUUGCAGACGAAGAUUACGAUGAGUUGUAUAAGGUAGUUCUUAUCGGUGAUUCAGGUGUCGGUAAAUCUAACCUUUUGUCACAAUUUUCCAAGAAUGAAUUCAGCCACGACUUCAAAUCCACAAUCGGGGUUGACUUCUCAAAUCGUAACAUUGAAGUUGAUGGCAAGAUCAUCAAGGCCAAAAUCUGGGACACUGCCGGACAAGAAAGAUACCGAGGCCUCACAAGCGCUUAUUACCAAGGAACAGUGGGUGCGCUAAUCGUGUACGACAUCACCCGAAAAGUAACAUUUGAAAAUGUGGAGCGAUGGCUAAGGGAGCUUCGAGAACACAUGGAGCAAACCAUUGUGGUCAUGCUCAUUGGCAACAAGGCUGAUCUAGGUCACUCACGAGCUGUUCCAACAGACGAAGCCAAGGCGUUUUCAAAAAGAGAGAACAUGUUUUUUAUGGAAACAUCUGCUCUGGAGGCGUUGAAUGUCGAAAAAGCUUUCACAGAAUUACUGUCACAGAUCUAUCGCGGUAUGAACCGAAAGGCGCUUGGCAUGUCUACUGUGAAGAAAGCCGGGUGUUGCUCUACGUGAGCGUUUAGUCAGCCAAAGGUCGAACACCACGAACUAGAUACCGUGGCAUGUUAAUAUUCGUGUUAUUUGCAACCUUUUUCUUUAGACUUUUUUUUCU